GGGGUGGGAGGCACAUCUGCACUGCAAAUAAAAAUAAUAAUUACAACCACCAACCAAACAACGGGAAAAAAAGUAACAGCUAAGAAAAAAACACUUGAAAUCAAGGACUUUGGGAAUCAGAGAUCACAGAAAUUGUACUAUUAUUAAGGAGAGGGAAAAAAAAAAGAGAGGCAAGAAAUCCAGCGACCAUGGGCCAGCCUGGCUUCCUAGCGUGUACUUUGUGUUCUCUCUCCUUUUUCCCAAGGUAAUUGCAGUCUGCCGAGAGGGAGUUAAAUGGGAUUAAAAGAUCUGUGUAAGCAAAAGGACCCAGAAGAGAAGGAGGAAGGAGUGAGCCGUCCGGGCCAGGGGUGUCUGUGACACAGCUGAGCCCCUUAGCGAGGCAGAGAGCCGAGCUCCUGGGAAGGAUGUACCCACAAACCGGCCUGUCCCCCGAUUUCUGAUGGAUUGCCGCAAAAAUUGCCCGAAAGAGACAAUGCACUAAACGUGAUGGAGCCGGAAUCAGAGCCGGUCUCCAGACUCAGAGCUACAGCGGCAGGCAGGGGGGGAUUCUGCUUUCUUUGGACUGUAUUAUGUUUUACCUGGUUCCUGGGCCUCACACAGGGAAAUCCUGAAGAUGUGGAUGUUCUUCAAAGACUGGGCCUGUCAGGGAAAAGGCCAUCAGGUGGAUGGUCCUCAUCACGUGCAGUUCCUCAAGGAGUCAUUCCUUUCAAGUCAGGGGUCAUCUUCACUCAGCGAGCACGUGUGGAGGCACCUCUCAGCACCAUCCUCCCCGCGGGCUCCAGCACUGACCUGCUCCUGGUGCUGAGCCUCUGCUCCCACCGCAUCAACAACGCUUUUCUCUUUGCUGUCAAGAGCAAAAAGAAAAAACUACAGCUGGGGGUCCAGUUUGUGCCUGGGAAGAUCAUCGUGUACGUGGGCCACAAGCGCUCUGUAUAUUUUGAUUACAAUGUCCACGAUGGCCAGUGGCACAAUGUGGCCAUCGACAUCCGUGGCCAGACAGUCACUUUAUUUACUUCUUGUGGGAAGCGCAGAGUACAUGCGGAUUUGCAUUUGAAAAAGGACGAGGCGUUGGAUCCACAUGGAUCUUUCCUCUUUGGGAAGAUAAGCCAGCACUCCGUGCAGUUUGAAGGAGCCAUCUGCCAGUUUGAUAUUUAUCCUUCCGCCAAGGCAGCUCAUCAUUACUGUAAAUACCUGAAAAAACAGUGCAGGCAAGCAGAUACCUACCGGCCAAACCUGCCCCCCCUCAUCCCCCUCCUGCCCAGGGACCCCAGUGCCUCCCCCAGCACCCCACAGCGUAUGGAGCCCUCGCUGCAGGGUCUGAAAAACCUGACCACUGCUGCCCCAUCCUUGGAGUUUGGCAGGGUCACUGCACCCCCCAAGACAAGGGGUUCAGGUGCAACAACCAUCACGUCGGUGUCAACCCCACCUUCACCUCCCAGACUGACAACCAAAGCCACAAAGGUCACAGUGGCCCCGCCUGUUCCGUCAAGCACCGAAACGCAGCCGCCCUCCCGUUCGCUCCCUCGGGGCACGGGGACAACCCUCAGGGUGGCUCAACCCACUCCCAGUACACGCAGGGAGAAAAGUCCCCUUCCCACCUCGAAAAAGGCCCCACCAACCAGCCAGAGCCUCGUCACAGCCAGCAGGAAGGAGUCCAAGCAAGAGACCAAAAAGAAGAUCAACCAAAAACCAACCGUUGAGCCCUCCGCAGCACCCAGCACUGUAAAACCAACGAGGAGGGUGACUGACAACACAACCAGCAAUGUCCACCUUGUCACCCUAAAGCCAACCCCGCAGAACCCACACCAUGGACCCGCUCCAAAGAAGCACGUGCCAUCCCCCACCAGGAAAGUGGAUCCUCUGGCAUCCACCAAACCCCCCCUGGGGUCUGCCCAUCCCAUCUCCAGAGCCAGGGCACAGCCCUUCAACCUCACAACCCCGGCUGCAACGGAUGGCUAUCAAAUCUUUGACCUCCUGGGACCUACUCCAUUUCCAUUUUUACUGGGAUAUCCAGGAGUGAAAGGAGAGAGAGGACCCCAGGGUCCACCAGGUCUGCCGGGCUUACCAGGACCCCCUGGCAAGAGAGGCUCUCGAGGUCCCCCAGGUCCCCACGGAAACCCCGGCUCACCUGGACCCCCAGGACUCAAAGGUCAGAAAGGUGAUCCUGGGCUGUCGCCUGGAAAAGCUCGGAAUGGGCAGAAGGGAGACGUGGGCUUACCUGGUUUAACUGGGUUCCCUGGACCACCUGGUAGAAAGGGAUAUAAAGGCUACCCUGGACCGCCAGGUCACCCUGGAGACCAGGGAGAACGAGGACCAGCUGGAAGUCCAGGUGCCAAAGGUUAUCCUGGCAGGCAGGGUUUACCUGGCCCCAUAGGGGAACCUGGCCCAAAAGGCACUCGGGGGUAUAUUGGUCUCCCAGGAUUGUUUGGUCUCCCAGGGGCUGAUGGAGAACGAGGGAUCCCUGGAGUUCCUGGGAAGAGGGGCAAGAUGGGUAGGCCGGGUUUUCCUGGUAAUUUUGGGGAACGAGGACCUCCAGGCAUCGAUGGGAACCCUGGAGAAUUGGGAGCCCCAGGUCCUCCUGGAGUCCUUGGACUCAUUGGUGACAUGGGCCCUGUCGGACCGAUUGGCCAUCCAGGACCAAAAGGAUUAAAGGGGCUGAUGGGAAACCCUGGAGAACAUGGACUGAAAGGUGAUAAGGGUGAUCAGGGAAGAGCAGGUGUUCCGGGAGAUAUCGGCUUCCAAGGAGACAAGGGCAGCCAGGGUUUGCCUGGGGUCCCUGGGGCACGAGGGAAAGCAGGCCCCCUGGGAAAAGUCGGUGACAAAGGUCCAGUCGGGUUUCCAGGACCACCUGGCCCUGAGGGCUUUCCAGGUGACAUUGGCCCGCCAGGAGAAAACGGUCCUGAAGGUCUGAAGGGAAAGCCAGGAGCACGAGGUUUACCUGGGCCAAGAGGACUGCCUGGACAAGAGGGAGAUGAAGGACCCUUAGGACCACCAGGAGUCCCUGGCCCAGAGGGUCGAUCUGGCAGGAAGGGAUUUCCUGGAACACCUGGUCCCAGUGGUUCAAAGGGUGAGCCAGGAAACCGUGGCCGACCGGGGAAAGUUGGUGAGCAGGGUCUAAUGGGUUUCAUUGGUCCGGUAGGGGAGCCUGGAAUAGCGGGAGAAAAGGGUGACCGUGGCUCAGUGGGACCUCCAGGCCCUCCAGGAGUCAAGGGGUCGAUGGGGCACCCUGGGACGCCAGGAGGAGUGGGUUUUCCUGGGAUCCCUGGACCAACGGGUCCAGCAGGAGCCCGUGGUGCGCCAGGGAUCAGAGGGAUGAAAGGCCGCAGGGGUGCCAGAGGGCCUGAUGGACCAGUGGGCGAGCCGGGGUCACGAGGUGUCAAGGGCCGACCAGGGGAGCCAGGCAGGCCGGGGCCAGAUGGGCUGCAGGGCAAGAUGGGGGAGACUGGGGAGGCUGGAGCACGCGGCUUCCCAGGUAUCCAAGGACCUUCCGGACCUCCAGGAGCAAAAGGGGCUCCAGGCGACCCGGGUCCACAAGGACCACAGGGGCCACCUGGGCCUUUGGGAGAAAUCGGGCAUAAGGGACCGCCUGGCUCAAUGGGACAACCUGGCCUUGCAGGUGAACCUGGCAUGAAGGGUGAUCCUGGCCAGCUGGGAGUCCCUGGAGAGCAAGGUCUCAUUGGCCAAAGGGGAGAAUCCGGGCUGGAAGGGGACAGCGGGCUGCCUGGGCCAGAUGGGAUCAAGGGGGACAAAGGAGAGCAAGGCCCAGAAGGAGAGAAAGGAGAAAAAGGCAACGAAGGACUGAAGGGAAAAGAAGGACCUCCUGGAUAUCCCGGAAUCACAGGUGUCCGAGGGCCAGAAGGGAAACCAGGAAAACAGGGGGAAAAGGGCAAGCCUGGCCAGAAGGGCAGCAAGGGCUACCAGGGGCAGCUUGGAGAGACUGGAUCCCCAGGGAAGGAGGGGCCGAAGGGGAACCAAGGCCCUAAAGGAUCCCGAGGUACCCUGGGACCUAUGGGAGCUCCAGGAAGGAUGGGUGCUCAAGGGGACCCAGGCUUAAAGGGCUACCAGGGACAUGCAGGACCACCGGGGCCAAUUGGACCACCAGGGCCAAAGGGUGAAAAGGGAGAACAAGGUGAUGACGGGAAGGUAGAAGGCCCACAGGGACCACCUGGAGACAGAGGCCCUGUUGGUGACAGAGGCGAUCGAGGGGAGCCUGGAGACACUGGUUAUCCUGGUCAAGAAGGGCUUGAUGGAGAAAGAGGAAAACCUGGACAGCAAGGCUUACCUGGGGAUCCUGGAUCACCAGGCAAGCCAGGAGCAAAGGGAUCCAAAGGUGAUGUGGGUCAAAAAGGAAAGCAAGGAGCACGGGGCAGUGCAGGGAGCAGAGGCUCACCGGGCAUCCUUGGGCUACCAGGUCCUCGAGGAGUGGUGGGAAGGCAGGGUCAAGAGGGAGCCCCUGGAGUGGACGGAGUGCCUGGGAAGGAUGGUGUGCCCGGGAUCCUGGGAGAGCAGGGGGAUGAUGGGGAAGAAGGUGUGACCGGGAUGUCAGGCAAGAGAGGGAACCCAGGUGUGCCAGGCCUCCCCGGGGCACAGGGACCACCAGGAUUCAAGGGUGAAAGAGGAUUGCCUGGACAGACUGGCCAAACAGGGAAGAGAGGAUCACCGGGAGGAACGGGCCUUCCAGGGAACCCUGGCGACCCGGGACCCAAAGGACAGCCGGGAGACUUCGGAGAGGCAGGAUUUCCAGGGAUUGCAGGCUUGUUUGGGCCAAAGGGCCCCCCAGGAGACCUUGGGUUCAAAGGUAUUCAGGGACCACGUGGGCCACCGGGUCUCAUGGGAAAAGAAGGAAUUAUUGGUCCACUUGGCAUUCAGGGUCCCACGGGAAGCCCAGGGCCCAAGGGAGACAAAGGCAGCCGUGGGGAAAUGGGUCUGCAAGGUCCAAGGGGUCCUCCAGGCCCACGAGGACAUCCUGGCCCUCCGGGACCGCCAGGAAUUGCAGCCUCGUUUCAACAAGAUGGCUUUGGGACAGCUUUCCAGACACUCAUCGACUCGAACACCGCACUCAAGACAGAGGGUUACCAACAUCCAGACCUUCUCAUGCUGGACCAUGGAGGGGAGAUCUUUAAGACUCUACACUACCUCAGCAACCUCAUUCAGAGCAUCAAAAGACCCCUGGGAACCAAGGAAAACCCUGCACGAAUCUGCCGGGACCUCAUGAACUGUGAACAGAAGAUGAACGAUGGUACCUACUGGAUUGACCCAAAUCUUGGCUGUUCCUCAGACACCAUCCAGGUCACCUGCAACUUCACCAACGGUGGGCAGACGUGUCUCAGCCCCAUCACUGUCUCCAAGCUGGAUUUUGACAUCGGUAGAGUCCAGAUGAACUUCCUGCGCCUGCUGAGCUCCGAGGUGGUGCAGCACAUCACCAUCCACUGCCUGAACACCUCCGUCUGGCGGGAAGGCUCCUCCGAGAAACCCUCGGACAAAGCCGUGCGCUUCAAGGCCUGGAACGGGCAGAUGUUUGAGGCAGGGGGGCAGCUCAGGCCAGAAGUGGCAGCUGAUGAUUGCAAGAUCAAGGAUGGACGCUGGCAUCGGACUCUCUUUUCGUUUCGGACACAGGACCCUCAGCAGCUGCCAAUUGUCAACAUCUACAACCUCCCCCCAUCCGAGCCAGGAAAGCAAUAUCACCUCGAGGUCGGCCCCGUCUGCUUCCUUUGAACCAAGCUAUGGAAACCGGGCUCCGAGGCUCCGACCCCACGGUUGGCCUGUCCUCACACAGGCUCUCCCACCUCUCUGCAGCAAGGGCAGCUGGGCUGUAUCUUUUGGGUCAACUCUUGCUCUAAGCCUUUGGCUCAAGGUCUCAAAGAACCCGUGAUCUGCUGAACUCAGCCGGUUGUUGAAAGGAGGAAGAACAA